AUGGGGGACUCGUCGCCUCGAUUAGACAAGCUCCACUCCAUCACCACCAUCACCAACAGCUCGACAGAUUCCAAAACUUCCUCUCUUCAAACCCAUUCUCAAGCCAAACCUCGCAAGACACAAAGACCGCCUUCGCUCAGCCCUCAGUUCGCGUCCGCGUAUGUGGUUGGCCCUGGAACCGCAGUUCUGGAUCGACAUCUGUAUAGCCUGCAGCCGACCCAGCGCGUGCAGACACAUCAUGGGAGAGCUCAGAGUUUAUCGAGUACCAGCCUCACAAAUUCAAGCACGAAUACUCCGUCACUGCUAGGCGGCGCCCCAGCAAAGGGCGACUAUGUUCGACGUCCCUUCACCAUGCGUAACACCCGGCGAUAUCUCGCCGAUCCAACUCUGCGGUACCCCCUACCUGUGGACCUUCCAGAAAUGCACCGCCAGGUCCUACGCACCAUGCUUCUCGUAAAUGUGUUUGGCGGGCCGGUCUGUUCACCAAACUUCCGGAACACCCCUCCCAAGAAGGUUCUGGAGGUUGGGUGUGGGAAUGGUUACUGGAGUGCGUUGUGCCACAAACAUUUUGCCCGACAAGGCCACAGCGUCUCCUUCACAGGCAUCGACAUUGCCCCUCUAUCGGCCGAUAACAGCACGAGCGGGAUGAAAUGGCGAUUUGUCCAACACGAUUUACGAAUAUUACCGACUCCAUUCCAGGAUGAAGAGUUUGACCUUGUCAUGGUGAAGGAUCUAAGCAUGAUCUCCUCGCAACUGAGCAUGACGGCGGAUCUCAUGGACGAAUACCUGCGGAUACUACGCCCUGGUGGCGCAAUCGAGGUGUGGGAUGGGGACCACACGAUUCGCAUGGUACUAUCACAUAACCCAACGCAUGCAUCCCAGGACAGCGACAGCGAAGACGAGGACACGGCACAAGCGGAGGGAACUGGUACAUAUAUAUUGACGGCUCAGACGCCAUUUACGGAAGCGCAAAAUCCAUAUCUGACCGAAUACAACACUUGGCUUACAAAGGCCUUCGACGCCAGAGGGCUCUCGGCAAUACCAUGCACGAUCAUGGCAUCGCUGCUUCUCCAGGAACCAGAGUUGGCGGACAUUGAGUCCCGCAGACUAGCUAUUCCUCUCGGUGAGGUCCGAUGGGAGCGCGCUGGCACUGAGGGUUCCCCCAAAGGAAAGGAGGCGGAUUCAGGCAAGAAGGUCCUCACAACUGGCCAAACAGCCCUUCGACACACAGCUCUCCUAACAUUGGUCCAAUACAUGGAGAGCCUGGAGCCAUUCUUACGAGAAGCGAGCGGGAAGAGUCAAGACGAAUGGGAUCGCUGGUAUGGCGACAUGAUGAAUGACCUUCUCGUCCAAAACGGAACGUCGUGGGGCGAGUGUUUGGAGGUCGGUGCCUGGUGGGCGACGAAGAGGGACUCGCCGAAGACGAAGUCAAAGCCCUCCGAUGAGAAGCCAGACAAGCCCAUGCCGUACCCGCCAGAUCCACAUCCUGGGAAUGAGUGGAAGAUACCUCACAUGGAGCUGCUGUGA